CCUUGCUGACAUUGGGCAUUGAGUUUUGUCUCCAUUUCCAAGCAAAUCAUAUUUGCUUCCUUCACCUUUCUGCAAAUCUAGGGUUUCGUUUUCACUUUUCCAUGCACUAAAAUGGCGGUCUCAGCCUUCAAAUCCACUUCCAGAAGAGGAAAUCUCGCUUCUUCCACUACAAACACUUCCUCUUCUUCUUCUUCUUCUACUACUAUUCAUCCUCCCAGAAGGUCCAGAAGUGUCAGCGCUGUAUCCAGAGACCAGUUGGAUACUGCUGACUUUCUCAACAAGAGGGACAAUCCCCUUUUCUGGACUACCACCAACACAUUGCCACCAGAGAAUCCGGUUCAAUCCCAAAAUGCAACCGAUUCCGAGUCCAAAUUUGAGCGGAAGGCAUCCAAAUUUAGUGCCCCAAAUUCGGAAGUUGUGGACGCCACGAGGGGGCGGUCGGUUUCCAGGACUUCCAGUGCCGGGAAUCAGAUUGCGGGCGGUGGAAAGGGGAUUGGGCGGAGCCGGUCCGUUUCGCGGAGGCCGGUGCCGAGGGGGAAUCACUGGAGCUCCGAGAGUGAAGUUGAACAAGAAUGUAGUUUAUCAGUGAAUAGUCGAAACAGAAGAAAUUUGAAUUUAGCUCCUAAUAAUGGGAAAAGGGCUGAUUUGAUUCGACCUUCUUCUGAAUUUUCGGAUCAAAUAAACAACACACAGACACGGUCCAGUCAGCAUCGGCCUUCUGAGCUUUCUGAUCGUUCUGCUUCUGGUUUGCAAAUUCCUAAUUCGGAAGAUGAAUUUUCAGUGGGGUCUUUUUCUGAGGCUGAAGAGAAAACUAUAAAAGCAGUUUGUGAACAGAUUAAGUCAUUUCAGAGGAAUGACUUGGAAGGUGAUAACACUGCCAGUGGAAUAUAUGAAACUGUCCGAUCAGAAGUGAGGCGAGCUAUAUCUGACAUCCAAAAUGACCUUGAAAGUGCUAUCCGAAGAAAUAAUGCUGCUGGUAUUGCAACUACCAAUGUCACUGAUAUCCCUCCUGACUUGGUUAACCCUGGGGCAGUUGAAUUGGUUCUGGACAUUAGAGAAGAAUAUGCUAAAAAGCUUGAGCAGUCCCAAGAACGGGCUAGAAAACUUCGAGCAGACCUGGCUGUUGAGGAGCAUCGAGGGCAAGAGCUGAGUAGAAUCCUGAAGGAGAUACUUCCAGAGCCAAAGAUUACCACUGCACCAAAGUCCCGUAUGGGGAGAAAAACUAGUAUUGAGAGAAGAAAGAUGUCAAAACGUCUGACAGAAGAGGCCAUGGCUUAUUUUGACGAAUGUGUGUCAAUAUCAACAUUUGAUAGUUCUGAUUUCUCAUCCCCAGAGGAUCCACCACUCAACUUAGUUGGAGGUACUACCUCGGUUGGUGACUCUGGAUCUUUACCCCAAGGAAGUCCAGAUGUUUCAACCUCCUAUUGCCACAGCAGUUGCUUGAAUCCUAAACAGGAAUCCAGCACCCGAGGUCAAUCCUCAAUUACCCACGAGGAUUCUUGUUUAACAAUGAACAGCAGCAGUAAUGAGGCUGCCAUAAAUGAAGAUGGUCUAAAUGGUGCCAUUGGCAAACAUGGUCAGAAAUUUCAGUUCUCCAUCAGUCGCAAACCAAGUGGAAUCUCUGGGUUUCAGCAGGACAUAAGGAAUUAUGUAAAAAAGUUUGAGAAAGAUGGUGGCAACCAACUGCGGAUGAGAUCAAACUAUUAUGAUAUCGAUGACUACAAUUUGAAGAACCCAGCACAAAACUUGUUGUUUGAUCGGGUCUUCUACAAGAACAGAAUCGAAUCUGGGAGUCUGCUUCUCUGCGGUGGAGGUACUGCAGUUUCAGCUUCUCCUUUUGCUUCAGUUAUCUAAAUUGUGUGGUUGUGGGAAUUUCACAAGUUGAGGGAUGUUUUGUGGAGAACUUGGGUACAUGCUAAAUUAUAUGAAUCCAUAACUAAAUGUUGGAUUUGUAGGAGUGCUCAGCGGAUUCAUUGGCUUGUGUAAAUGCAUCAGGGCCAAUUUUUGCACUAAA